AUGCCAGCCCUCGCUCGCUCGUCGCCGGCGACCGAGGACGACGGCGGCCUCUCGCCAGGCUACCCGACUGUCACCGCGGCGCCGUCGACACACAGGCCGGCCGCGCUCACCCUCGCCCUCGUCCUCACCCUCCUCUUCCCCGCCGAUACCCAUUCCCAGGCCGGCGGCGAGGACACGAGCGCCGUCCCGGGGCCGACGGCGUGCGACGCCGACUGA